GAAAAGCCCGCAGUCUUUGGGAGUCGCUGUGGAGGAGGACCAUAAGACGGAGAGAGGACGGGAAUAUCGUCUCAUCCACUUGAAGAAGGAAUUAUGUGAAAGAGAAGCGACUCUUGACUGGUUGGACUUGACUUUUCCAAAAGGACUUCCUGUCAGAGACACCGCCAUCCACUGGACGUCCUCCUGCAUCACAGCCGCAGGAUUAUGGUGGACUGGGCUGAAGAUCUGAAGUGGGACCAAAAUGUUGAAAAGUAAAGUGAGUCGAUAUCUGGGCUCCAUGUGGGUCACGUCACAACGGGUCACAUCACUGCUGCUGCUGCUGCUGCUGCUGCUGCUGCUGCUGCUGCCACCUCAGGAUGUGAGAGGAGCAGUACCCCCGGACGACCAGUUGGUGGCUCCAUGCAGCAUUGUGUCCAGUUCAGAAUCUAUAACCGUCAGGAUCAGGACAUCUGGAAGAAACUGUUCCUUCAUCCUAACAUCCCUGGAUAAUGGGACCGAGCAAACGGAUUGUAGAAAGGGGCGGGGCAGCAACGUAGAGGCGGGGGCAAAUGAGGACGGAGGUGGAGGGCGAGAAGACAAGGCGGAGGAAGUAGGAUCAAACUCCCUGGAACCGCUCCAGCUGUCAGUGGAGGAAGGCAGGAAGGAGAGAGAAGAAGAAGAAGAGUUCACCUGCGUCUUACACCACCUGGAGGCGGGCACAUGGUACCAGCUCCAGGUCCGCUCCCAGACGGACCAGCAGCUGAAAAACAUCAGCUGCCACACCAGACCUUCAGCUGUGACUGACCUGCUGGUCUCCUCCAGGACCUGCUGCAGCCUCCAUGUCUCCUGGCAGGCAGGUCCCGGCAGAACCGAGCGCUUCCGACUCCAGCUGUGGGAACGAGGCGGCGCUCCAGAAGAUUCUGAGAGCCCUGCUGGUCUGUUGGUGAAUGACACUCUGGAGAGCACAGCCACACAACACACGCUGCUCCACCUGACACCUGGGCGGGAAUACAACGUCACCGUGGCGACAGAGGCUGGGGGUCUGCAGAGCAGCCGGACCGUCCAGGUCCAGACUGAUCCUGCUCCUGUCUCCAACCUCACCACCACCUUUAACGACAGCACCAACCUUCUCCUGAUGUGGACCACACCUGUAGGCGACCUGGACGCACUGGGGGUCAGUGUUUUAGUGAACGGCACCAGCGUCAGAGAAAUGACUCUUCCUCCAGUUGCCAUGGAAGUUGCUGUGCAUGAUUUGACUCCUGGCUUCACCUACGAGGUGGAGGUGACAUCCCGCAGUGGUAGACUGAUGAGCCAACCGUUGAGAACCCGGGUCACUGCAGCUCCAGCAGCUCCAUCCCACCUCCUCCUGUCACCUUCUACCUCCUCCCCAUCCACCAGCCUUGUCCUGUCAUGGAUGCCCCCCAGAGGCCAGUGGGAGAGUUACAGGCUGUUGUUAUUUGCUGGCCUGCGGCAGGUCGUCAGCCGCGGCGUGGAGAACACAGCCGUGAGGUUCCUCUUCCAGGAUCUCACACCUGGAACACCUUACAGAGCAGUGCUGCGGGUGGAGAGCCAAGGUCUCUGGGCGGAGAGUAGCUGUGAAGGAGCCACAGCUCCUGCUCCCGUCAUCAACCUUUUUCUUCGACACUGGGACGAGACCUCACUCAGUGUCAUGUGGAGCCACGCCCCCUACGGGUCACGUGAUGGCUACUUCCUCACCAUUUCCCACGAGAACAGGACGGUUGACACCAGGGAGGUGGAGGUCAACAUGAGGGAGUGCACCUUCAACGUGCUCACCCCCGGCCGACAGUACACCGUCACCGUGACCACCAGGAGUGGAAGUCUGAACACAUCUGUGUCUGUGGGGGGGAGGACGGUUCCUAUGGCGUUGCGUACCAUCACUCUGAGCAGCUCAGGAGUGGACAGCCUCCGGGCAUCAUGGGAAAAACCACCUGGAAACAUGGACCUGUAUAAACUGAUCCUGCUGCAGGACAGUGUUGUCAUUCAGAACAUCAGCGUUCCUGCAGGUUCCUCCUCUCUGCAGCUCACAGGUUUGACACCUGGCACCCUCUACAGGCUGCAGGCUGCCACUGUCAGUGGACGGCUGGAGUCAGAAAACAUUUUUGUAACAGCGCGGACAGCCCCAGCCUCUGUCUCUGAGGUAACUGUGGCUAAUGGCGGCAGGUCAGACGCUCUGCACGUGUCUUGGCGCCCAGCAGGUGGCGUGAUUGAUAACUACGUGGUUCGUCUUCAGGACCACGGUCAAGUGGUUCAUACAAUCGCGGUGUCACACUCCUCUCCGCCCGAGUGCUCCUUCAGCUCCCUUGUCGCUGGGCGACUUUACUCCAUCGUCAUAGUGGCGAGGAGCGGCGGCCUGGAGAACGACACCGCGGUCAAAGCCAGGACUCAACCAGCCACCGUGCAGAACCCCACGGCCGUCCACUCUGCAAGAGACGACUUCCUGAAGGUCUACUGGCGCCACGCAGCAGGAGACCUGGACCGGUACCUGGUACUGAUCAGCUACAACAACAGGAUCCUGCAGAACAAGAGCGUCUCCGUGGGGAACAACGAGUGCAUAUUCUCCUCUCUGACUCCGGGGAGACUCUACACCGUCACGGUGGAGACGUGGAGCGGCAGCUACGUCAGCAGCAUCUCUACGGAUGGACGAACCUUUCCAGCUGCUGUGGGACAUCUGUCUCUGAACAACAGCGGGACGGAUGACCUCACUGUGACCUGGACGCCUGCGCCUGGAGACGUGGACCAUUACGAGGUGACGUUGCUCUUCAACGACACUCGUGUUUUCCCUCCUGUAACGCUGAGCAGUGACGUGCAGCGCCACCGCCUGACGUCCCUGACCCCUGGGCGUCUCUAUAAGAUCGUGGUGUCGACUUUCAGCGGACCCAACCAGAGGGCUCAGUUCACAGAGGGUCGGACGGUUCCUAGUCCUGUUGGAAACCUUCGCCUGAUUCCCUGUGCCGGUCUCUCAGACUCUGUCGCCGGACUCUUGGUCUCCUGGACGCCUGGACAUGGAGACUUGGACAUGAACAUCGUCACAUUGUCCACACAGGAGGGCGCUCUCAUUGAGUCGCGCCCUGUCCCCAAACAUAUCUCCUCCCUGGACUUCCUGGAGCUGAUACCAGGCCACGCCUACUCCAUCACCAUCCAAUCCAUGAGCGGGAAGCUGACCAAUAGCAACAAAGCCACGGGCCGCACAGCUCCAGCCGCGGUGACGGGGCUGCAGGCCGACAACGACCACACCGCGCACAGUCUGACGGUUGUGUGGGAGAGACCGACGGGGGUGUACGACGGCUACAGGCUGCAGUUAGUGGACGCGGCCGGCGGUCUCGUCAUUAACCGCUCGCUGCCGGUGGAGACACGCAGCGAGAAGCUGGAAGGACUGACCUCGGGAAAGCGUUAUCGCGUCAAGGUGGUGACACUGAGCGGGGGCGUGUGGUCGGCUGAGGCAACAACCGAGGGGCAAACACGUCCGGCGGCCGUCAGGAAUCUAACCGUGGCCUCAGCCAACACCUCUGCUCUCUUCUUCUCCUGGCAUCGGUCUGUUGGCCAGGUCGACCUCUAUGACCUUUCACUGUACAGGGUUGACGAGGCCACGGCCAAUCACAGAGCAGAGUUGACAGGAAGUAGAAAGCAGCAGCAACAGCACGGGGCUGCGGGUGAACUCGUGGAACUGCAGAAGGUCGGGUCAGACACGGACGCCUGCACCUUCUCCAACCUCAGAGCAGGAAGUUUGUACCGUCUGCAGGUGGUCAGCUGGAGCCGCGGUCUGAGCAGCGACUCCUCCGUCCUGGCCAGAACGGUCCCCUCUCCAGUUUCUUCUCUUCGGGUCGAGGCGUCUGGACAGACGGACAGACUGAGCGUUAGCUGGCAGCACGCCGAGGGACGCCGCAGCAGCUACCAGGUCUUCGUCUAUGACGCGUCUGGUUCCACGUUGGGAGCUCAGACUUUAGGACCAGAGCACAGCGACGUCACGUUCUCAGGUCUGGUCCCUGGUAGGCUGUACCGUGCUGAGGUCAUCACACACAGCGGGGAGCUCACCAACGCCAUCCGGGCUCUGGGUCGGACCAAUCCAGAGCCACCCACCCACCUGUCUGUCAAACAAGGCUCAACCAAUGAGACCGUGGAGCUGACAUGGGCCGCCCCCACCUCCGGGGACUAUGAUGACUUCGUCCUUCAGUGGACGCCCCCCGACCCUCUGUCAAUCACCCAGGCUCACCUUAAAAGGCGUGUCGUGGGUGGGAUGUACCCGGGCCGACGGUACAACCUCACUGUCGCGACUGUCUGUGGGGGCGGGGCCAAAGGCGGUCCUACAGUCAGGAGCCAGACGGUUGAGAUGAGCGUCAGAACCAGUCCGUCUCCUCUGAGGUCUCUCCACUGCUUCCCUCUCUCCUCCUCCUCCAUCUCCUGCUCCUGGACACCUCCUCCCUCUGACUUUGACUCCUACGAGAUGGAGUGCCGUCGUCAUAACGACGAUGAGUUGACCUCGGUGCAGCAGCUGACGGAGGGGGUCACCGCCGUCACACUGGAGCGCCUGGUACCGUUCACCAAGUACUCUGUGACCGUCCGCCUGUCCUCGGCCGGGUUCUCCAGUCCACCGGUGACACAGAGCACGGUCACCAUGAUCGACCGUCCGCCUGUACCGCCCCCUGGUGUACGUGUCAGUGAACGAUCUUCAAAGAUCACAUCGUCUUCCAUCUUGUUUCGCUUCAACUGCUCCUGGUUCAGCGACGCUAACGGAGCCGUGCGAUACUUUUCCGUCAUCGUGGCCGAAUCUGACGCCAACGGGCCUCUGCAGCCAGAACAGCGCCACCCUCUGCCGUCUUACAUGGACUACAUGGCCAACUCCUCGGUCAGAGCCUAUCAGACGGCGUAUUUCCCCAGCCGCUGCCCGCAGGACCUCCGCGGUUCGGUCGCACAGGUGGUGGAGGUCAACCUGGGAGCGGGAGGAGACCGACUGGGCGGACCCUGUGACCAUGACCACGACGGCGACCUCUACGUCAGAGACAGCUACGGUGGCUUCUGUGAUGGACCGCUGAAAGCCAAGACAUCAUACAGACUCAGCGUCCGGGCGUUCACCAGACUGUUUGAUGACAAACACCAGGAGGUCCCAGAGCCGCUCUUCACUGACACCUACCUGUCGGCGCCUCUGAGGACACACUCAGAACCUCUGAGUGGAGUGGUGGAGGGUCUGAGUGCGGGGAUGUUUCUCAUCGGGCUCACGGUGGCUCUGCUCUCCCUGCUGGUCUACAGACAGCGGCUCCGCAAGGUGGCUGUACAGGAGAAUCCAGUGAUGAGGAUGAGCAUGUGGAAAGAAGUUCCUGCUUCAGGGAUUUACAUGGGAGUCAGGAGUAAUCGACGCAUCGGCAGUCCUGUCAAAGCCGGUCACUUUGAGUCUCACCUGAACAAACUCCAGGCUGACUCCAACUACCUGCUGUCAGAGGAGUUUGAGGAUCUGAAAGAUGUGGGUCGUAACCAGACCAUGGACGUGGCCCGACUGCCAGAGAACAGGGCCAAGAACCGCUACAACAACAUCCUGCCAUAUGAUUCCACCAGAGUCAAGCUGUCGUACCUGGAGGACGACCCCUGCUCCGACUACAUCAACGCCAGCUACGUCCCUGGUAACAACUACCGUAGGGAGUACAUCGCCACCCAGGGCCCCCUCCCCGGCACCAAAGACGAGUUCUGGAGGAUGGCGUGGGAGCACGGCGUCUACAACGUUGUCAUGGUGACGCAGUGUGUGGAGAAAGGACGGGUGAAGUGUGACCAGUACUGGCCCGCGGACCAGGAACCUCUGUACUAUGGACACCUGGUCAUCCAGAUGCUGUCGGAGUCGGUUCUGCCGGAGUGGACCAUCAGAGAGUUCAAGAUCAGCUCGGAGAGCGGCCGCAGUUACCCCCGUGUGCUGCGUCACUUCCACUACACGGUGUGGCCCGACCAUGGAGUUCCAGACAGUACCCAGUCCCUGAUCCAGUUUGUCAGGACGGUGAGAGACUACGUUGAUCGAUCACCAAGUACUGGAGCCACAGUGGUUCACUGCAGUGCUGGUGUUGGAAGAACUGGAACUUUCAUGGCUUUGGACCGAGUUCUGCAGCAGCUGGACUCCAAAGGAACCGUGGACCUUUACGGCUGUGUGUUUGAUCUCCGCUUACAUCGUCAACACAUGGUCCAGACAGAGUGCCAGUACGCCUUCUUGCACCAGUGUGUGCGGGACGUUCUGCGGGCCAGGAAACAUCGCAGUGAACAGGAGAACCCUCUCUACCCCAUCUACGAGAACUUCCACCCUGAGCGCUGUCGUGAUUACAUGUUGACUGGACACUGACGUGGGGCGGGGCGUCUGAAGGAUCCACCAAUGAGAGGGGGCAGAGGUGACACACCAUGACAUCAUCACCUUCAUCUUCAUCACGUCAUGUCAAACAGACGGAUGACAUCAUCGAUGUCAUCCGUUCUGACAGGGUCACUCCACUUUAUAAGCUGUUUAUUUAAAAACAAAACAACAAGUUCACAUAUUGCUGUAUGUAAAUAUCGAUGUAUGACUUUGACAGUAUCACAGAUAUACGUAGAAAUACUACUUGUUACCUUUUAGUCAUUAUUUUAAUAUUUCCUCAUUUACAAAAGCUAAACAUCAUUAUUUAUGGUUAUAAAUAUAUAUAUACAUAUACAUAUAUAUAUAUAUAUUGGGGUGUUACAAAGUAUCCACACUGAAGUAUCUCCUGAUCCCAGAUCAAUGUCCUCAGUCGUUGAUCAGUCAUUGAUUUUUUCCAAUAUUCCUGGUGUUGGUUCAUGUUCUUCUUCUUUUCUUUCUUCUCUGGUGAUUCCAAAUGUAGAUCCCUCUGUUCCAGAGUUAGGAACUGAUGUUCACAUGGAACAGAGUCUGAGACUAGGA